GCCGAAGAAUAUCCCCCCAACUCGGCGCCAGUUUGCAAGCGAUCCUCUUCCUCUGGAUGAAGCAACGCGUCGUCACUUCGCCAAGUACGUCACGCCUGACAAUGAUGGGCCUUAUGAUCGUCUGAACCCCUUUGCCCUCGCAAGUGAUCACACUAGGGGUUCAAGGCUUUCCCAAGGGUUAACCCCCUUGAACAAUCAAGAUUCCCGACAUGACUCGGGUUAUUACAGCAAACGUUCGAGCUCUUACGAUAACGCCAGUGCAACAACACGUCGUCAAUGGCUGGAAAUUAACGCUAUCUUAGAAACUCUUAGAAACAUUGAAAAACAGGCCCUAAAAUCACGUGGGGCCGGAGACCUCGAAGAUAAUUUGUUCUAUGAAAAAGUCAGUGGAGUAAUGGAGUCACUCACUGGCAGACCAAGUGUCAUCACCAAUCAAACCAAAAUUAAUGACGACUUCGAACACGAAGAAGGGGAUUGGCAGUAUUCGUUCCUGAAGAGUCAACUGCGAGUACUGAGUAUGGAGGGCUUGUUCAGGAACUACAUUCAUCGUCUGCAGCAUGCCAUGCUCAUCAACUGCCUCUUCCUGCAGCUGCUAAUGUCUGCCACGGCCUUCGUUGCCCUUAUGACCAUCAAUUUUUCCUCAUCGGACAGCGCCGUACAAGAGAUGCUGCGAUCAUCCCAAGUAUCCUAUACUGACACAUCCUCCGUAGAGUCGCUAGCAGAAAUGAUUGGCAACGCCAUAACUUUUUUGUUGAAUUUUUCCCUGCUGGUGACGUUCUAUAACGAACUGCACUUCUUGACACACCCGCGGUGGCACUCGGUGUUGGGGCUUCUAAUUACCUGCUACCUCGCGGGGCUAGACAUCACCGUCACUCUUGUGCACAUGUUCGCUCAUCACAGCCAAACUCCACUCAAGUACGGCAAUGCGCAGUAUUCGCUGGUGCUGGUGUACGUGUUCCUGCCGUUCAGCUGCCAGACGCACCGCCUCGCGGCUGGUGCCCUCACUACCCUCACUCACGUCGGGCUCGAGGCUGCCGUCCUCUUCCAUUACCACGUACCAGAGGCACCAAAAAAGCUGGCGCUGACCGUGCUGUUCGUGCUGCUGAGUAACGCGGUGGGGUUGUACUCUCGUCAUCUCACCAACAUCGUCUUCAUGAGGGCCUUCCUCGAUAAGCGUCGUGGCCUACACGCGAAACAUACGUUGGAGAAUGCCAAGAAACAAGAGGACGACCUGCUGUCUUCCAUUCUACCAUCGUCCAUUAUGCAGGAGGUCAAGCAAGAGUUUCGUAAUCAGAUGGAGACUGAAAACUUUCGUCCCAAAAGCAUGGGUCGUUUCAGUAGCAACCUGUUCCUGGAGAGGCACAAUGAAGUCUCAAUUCUGUACGCUGACAUCUGCAACUUCACGCCUCUGACCACCAAACUCAAGGUCCACAAGCUUGUUGAAAUGCUCAACGAACUCUUCAGGAAAUUCGACGCUGCUGCAAAGGAACACAAGUGCCUGCGCAUCAAGAUCCUGGGCGACUGCUACUACUGCGUGUCCGGCGUCCCGCAGCACGAGCCCGACCACGCAGACAACUGUGUCCUCAUGGGCUUUGACAUGAUCGAAAUAAUUCGUGACGUGCGUGAGCAACACAACGUGGACGUGGACAUGCGUAUAGGCAUCCACAGCGGCAGCGUUCUGUCUGGAGUGCUCGGUACCAAGAAGUGGCAGUACGACGUCUGGAGCAACGACGUCACCAUCGCCAACCACAUGGAGCAAACUGGAGAACGCGGGCAGGUUCACAUCACGUCGCAAACCAGGAACUUCUUGCCUGCUGGCAAGUACCAAUUUAUUCCGAACAACGCUCGUCUCAAGGACGACCUACUGGACCAGGAAAACAUUGAUACUUACCUCGUCGUGGAACUCGAUGACAAUCGGAUACGGCGUCAGUCUGCGUUGUCCCGCAACUCUUCGAUCAACAGGAACGCGAUGGUGAAUUUACAGCCAAAGACGCAGAGCGUCGACCACGAAUACGAAGUUAACGAGAUCGCGGAGUCGACCAAGGAGCAGAUCACCCAAAGAACCAGACUUCGAUCCUCCAAGUCACCAGCGGCCAGCCAAAUAACAUCCAUCAUUGACAAGUCAGAAGUGGCCAUGAAGGAAGAGGUUGAAAAGAUGCCUCUGAGUAAAACAGCGCAGUGGUGUCACUCGGAGGACAUCAACCCUGUUUUCCUGACAUUCAAGCAUUUCAAGUGGGGAUUGGCAUUCGUCUGUCAGCCUGACCCGCUCUACAAGUACUACCUGUUGUGUGCCUUCUGCGCCGUCUUCGCCAUCGGUGUCACCCAGCACCUCAUGUAUCCGGGCAUUGGUUUGAGUCUGUACGCCAGUUUGUCAGUGCUAUCGGUGCUGCUGGUGCUGCUGCCAGUGUGUUGGCUGUCUCGGCUAUGCCUCAAGCUCAAGGACCAAGACGAUCCUUAUUUUGCUGACGAGGACGUCACUUGCUUCCUGAGAACCUUUUUGAACGCCGAAAAAUUCGUCAUGAUGUCUUUGAGCGUCCGCAUCCUUGGCUUCCUCCUCAUCAGCGUCGGCUUAUGCUUCGCUGCUCUCGGCAACCUCACCCAGUGCAGCGAAGAGCUUUCGUACGCCACCGACUCGACGACAGCUUUGAUCUCCUCAACUAAUUUGUCUCAGAUCACCACGUCAGAAGGGCAGAGCGCAACGUUAUUCCCCCAAACUUUUGCAGAGGAGCAGCCUGCAUGUGAUCCUUGGUUCUUCACCCACUCGAUAUCGCUGUGCCUGCUGGUGGUUUGGUGCUUCUUCAGGAUGCAUUUUAUGCUGAAGCUGUUCUCCUACCUGGUCGCUGUUGGCCUCUACACUUACGGCAUCCUUGGACUUCAAAAGGACGUGUACAGCGGCAGCGUCUAUCCCAUUUUCCUGGUGUCGAGCGAUAGCUUAUCGCCCGCCGUGACCCAUCUUAUCUUCGUAACCUCCCUCACCCUCGCCCUACAUGUCAUGGAUAGACAGAUGGAGUAUAUAAUGCGACUGGACUUUGGCUGGAAGCAGCAACAUGGAAAGGAGCACAAAGAGGCUGAAGAGACGCACAUGGCGAAUAAAAUACUUCUCACAAACAUCCUCCCUAGACACGUUGCGAAAAAGUUUCUGGAGCCGCCGGCGGACGAGCUGUACCACGAGUCUUACAACCACGUGGCGGUUCUCUUCGCCAGUAUCCCCAAUUAUUCCGAGUUCUACAAGGAGCUCGAGUUCAACGAGGAGGGCAGGGGCUGCCUCAAAGUGCUUCAUGAAAUCAUCAGGGAAUUUGAUAUGUUAACGUACCAGAUGCAGUUCUUGAGCAUCGAGAAGAUCAAGGUUGUGGGGAGCACGUACAUGGCAGCGUGCGGCCUCCAACCCGGCAUGAGAAGCGCUGACGACGCAGAGUUUGUCGAGCAAGACAGGCGCGAGAAUGUUGCCACACUGGCCGCCUUCGCUGCCGCCAUGUUCUCUAAACUUGAAACUAUUAACAAAGAGAGCCUUCAAAACUUCCAGCUAAGAAUAGGCAUGGACGUGGGGCCGGUGAUAGCAGGAGUGAUAGGCUGUCAAAAGCCACUUUACGAUAUUUGGGGCAACACUGUGAACGUCGCCUCCAGGAUGGACUACACCGGCGAGAUCGGCAAAAUACACGUGACAAGAGCAGUUGCAGAAAUCUUGGAAGACGUUGGUUGGACUACAUUGUCUCGGGGCGAAAUUAAUGUCAAAGGUAAAGGUAUAAUGGAAACAUUCUUCGUUGAUCCUACGCAAACAGUGGCCGCAACUAGAAAAGCAUCUGAGGCGCCUUCAUACAGGAACUCUUGCUUCGAUUUGUUGGAUGGUCCCAGAGGGAGGUUAAAGAAACAUCGACUGUCCGAACUUAAAACAAAGAUAGAAAGUAGGAUGAACCCAGGAGCCGACUCCCGAAGCUCUAUUAUAUCUGAUAAUGAGAACAUCUUUUCUCGCCGAAAAAGUCUCAGUUUUUCAUUGCCACAACAGCGAUCAAAAAAUGUAGGAAUUUUACGAAGUGAUAUCAACUCUGGAAUCAUCGGUUUAUCAUACCGAGAAAAUCAACCAGGACAUCAAAACGGACUUGAGACGUCGACCCAACAUGCAAAAAACAUUAGUAAUUCUGAUUCCUCCUCAGAGUGCCACUCACAUCAUUUACCGACACACACAAGGAGAUCAUAUGAAGCCAUACCUGAGCAAUACCAACUCGAAGAAGAGUCGGUGAGCGACAAAGAUUAUUACGCUGAAGAACAAAAUCAACACAGAACAACUCGUGAAAAUUUUAGUAAUUUUGGUUAUUCUCUUACCUCACGACGAAGAUCAAGUUAUUCUGAACCAACUUUACCAACCAGCGCUGAUGACAGCAAAGGGGUGGAUAGCUAGAGGUCAGCAUAGCCCAAGUCCACAGUGCGAU